GUCAAUUAUUGAGUUGGAUUUUUUUAGCCUGCAACUAGCUAUAUAAGUUGAGAUAUGUGCAGAUGCAAAGGGUGAAUGAAUAUUUGAUUGUAUUAGUGUUCUUGUUAGUAUAUCUUGCAUUUGAGUAAAGGUUGAAGUGGGGUUCUAUCAUUGGUAUCAAGCCAGUCUUGAUUCCUCAAUCCCUUCUCUUUUGCCGAUUGAAUCGUGCGUCAACGAAGGAAGCCAUGGAAUUUCAUAACCAUCUUGCUGCGAUUAAUGACACUCUCAAUGUGCUAAUUUAGCGAUUUGACGCCAUGGAAGCUCGUCAAGAUUCUUCUGAUGCUCGAUUCGAGAAACUAUACCAUGAUUUUGUGGCCAAAUGCGAUAGGGGUUCACAUCCGCUGUUCAUCAAAAUGGCAUCUCCUAUCUCUUUUGAGAAAUCGAACCAAGUCGUUCUCAAGCUUCAAUCCUUCCAUGAGGAAAAAAAUUCAUGCCAAAGAGAGAGUGAAUCAACUCUCUCAAUUUCAUCAAAGUUACAAGCCCAAGACUCGUCCUUGUUUACGACCCAUAUUGAAGAGAUUCAAGAAAGUUCGCGACUACGACAAACACGACGACGAUGGUUCUGCAAUAUUUUGUUCCAAUUCCAAAUUUGAAGAAAGUUGUGGGUUUUUUUGGAAAGCUUUGGUUGUGGAGGACGAAGAGGUUUUCAAUUUGUUCGACAGGGAAGCUAAAGAUUAUGUGAAAAUUCCUCCAUUUCUUGAUUCUAAUCGCAAGGCAGGCACCGCAAAGGAGUUGGUUUCUUUAUUCAACAAGAAAGUUGAAGAUUAUGUAAUAGCUUCUCCAGUUCUUGAUUCAAAUUGCAGGAAAUCCAAGGUUCAAGCUUAUGUUCUGGGUUCUACAUUUCGUAAUGGCUUGGCUACUUCUUUUGGACAUAAAUUCAUUCAGUUUGGGAUGGCGCCUUCAUCUAUUCGUGAAUCUAGUUGCAAGAACGACGUGGUCCAGGAUUUCAUUUUCACAAUUCCUGUUUCUGAUGAUAGGUUCGUGAAAAUUGAUUCACCUACAUUCCAGGUGUUUGAUGAAGGUCACAAUCAAUAGAUUGUGAUUUUCAGUUGGGCUAUCAUAUGCCGAUUUCUGACACUAGAGGAAAAGUUGAUACCAUUUUGGUGCAAGAUGAUGCUUCUACUGGUGUUGUACUUAUUCUUCAAUUCCACUACCAUAAAGGAAUUCAUGAUAAAGGUGGUGGUUUGGCAAAAGACAAGAUUUGGAAGGACCAUUCGAGAAUAUUCAGGUACAAGAUUAGUACAAUCCUCAUAUCUUCUUGUACAAAACAAUCUGAAAAUGCUACUGCAUAUAACAAAGAUGGAACUAUUUGUCUCUCUUAAUUCAACUCAAUGGAUUUUCUGGCAAUUUAUGAGUUGGGUUUUGUUCUUAAUGCGAAAAAGAGGAAUUUUUUGGAGGAAGCUAACCCCUUUAUUGUACCUGCUGAGAAAACUCGUCUUGCUCUCAACGUGUUUGAUGAAAUUCCUGACUCAAAUCAUCUUGUUGUUGUCAAUUUUGACAUGUGCUAUUGCAAGGGUAUUCGAGAUAAGGGUGGAGGCUCAAAAUUCAGGUAUAUGGUUACUCUGAAUAUUCAUUUUUCUUGUAUGAAUGCAUCUGGAGAUUCUAUUGAAUGUAGCCGAGAUGGAAUAUUUGAGGUUGUAGGUGGAGAAUUUUAUAGUUCAAAUAUUCAAUUGAGCGGGGCAGGGAAGAAGAAAUUCCCAAAUGUUAGGGAGGAUUAUCUGGUUCAUAGCUUUUACGGGCAGAAGAAACUAACAUUUGAAAGGAAUGUUCAUGGAUCUUUUGGUUUGCCAUAUACUAGUCAUUUACUUGAGGGUGGUAUAUUAACUGGUAGAAGAAUGAUGACAAUGAGUGACCAUGGUAUUCUUUACCAUCUUAGUAGCAAAUAUGAUGAGCAUAGGAAAUUGGAUGUUGCCUUCACUCGUGCAAUGCACAUGCCAAAACUGGACGAUGGGUCUAGUGUUUUGGGUUUGUUAUUGUUAACUCUCUGGAGAACUAAUUUGAUUUGGGAAGCUAGUACUACUUUGAUGCCCAUUGUAGAAGCUAUAUUUGCAAUUCCACCUUGGAUUGUAGAUGAGGCUUUACGUUUCAUACUCAUCUCAAUUGGUAAAACAAAUUAGAUUGUGGGAAAUAUUGUGUUGCGCAAAACUUGGGGGUUGCCAAUUGAGAGGGCAGAUUCUUGUCAACCGAUAAGGCCGCUGGUAUUAAUACACAAAUUUCCAAAUAAUACUACAAGCAUGGUUUUUAAUUUUGUGAUUACUGCUGUGAUUGGUGCCUUGUUUGCUGAGAAAGAAAGGAAACAAAUUCAUAGUGUUGGUGUACGGGUGGACUUUCUAUGUAGGUGCUCAGUUCAUGUGAGUAGUGUCAUUAUGCAUCUGGACUCUAGGUGUGGCAAUGAGCAUAAUACCUUGAGGUUUUUCUUGGACCCAGAUUUGUGUGAAAUUACUAAACCAAAUAUUUCUUGGAAUUAUUUGCUUGCUGGAUAUUUUGAGAGUAGAGGUACAAGUUAGGCUCUUUAAGUGGGUAUUGAAAUGUAUGGAGUAGUGGUGUGCAUAGUUGCAUUGGGUAUCCUUAUGCAUGCUGGAAAUUCUGAUUGUAUGGUCAAUAUCAUUGCUCAAUUUUGGACAGGGUGUAAUGUGGAGUUAAUGUUUUCAGCAGUGAACUUUUGGUGGAAGCAGACUUAUGGUUUUAUUAGUUCAGUACAUAUGUUGUUGCUCGUUUACAAGGGAAAAACAUAUCAGUCCUCGUACUACUUGUGGAAGCAUAUUGCUGCAGCAAAUUAAUAGGAAUGCUGCUGCUAUAUACUACUGGCUUAUGUCGCUCAUUGUCUCUAGAUCAACCUAUAGUAGUUGGAUCCAUUGCCAAAUCAUAAUAAAAAAAAAUGCUACUGGAAUUUUCAAAGCUAAACCUUGAGGACAAUGUUGAUUUCUAAGGGAAGGGUAAUGUUAGGAUGCCAAGUGGCAUCACUUAGUUAGCCAGGUGUCAAUUGUAGAGUUGGAUUUCUUUAGCCUGCAACCAGCUAUAUAAGCUGAGAUAUGUGCAAAUGCAAAGGGUGAAUGAAUAUUUGAUUGUAUUAGUGUUCUUGUUAGUAUAUCUUGCAUUUGAGUAAAGGUUGAAGUGGGGUUCUAUCAAAAUGAGAGUUGAGUUGAUGUACCGAUAUGAAAGUUUUGAGGCACAGUGGCAAGAAAGAUGAGGUCUGGGAUGCCAAAUAAAAACUUCAGGAUCUUAACUGAUGACAAAUCGGUGAGAACGAUUUUGGCAAAAAAGGUCGGAAAGGGUUUGAAGCUGGAAUCUGCGGAUGCUGGAGUGAGUCAAAACGAUGUUGUAGUCUGGUUGUCGGCCAACGACCAAGAUUGAUUAUGGCAACCAGAGUCGUCGGAAGGCUAAAGCUUUUUUGGGUUCAGAGAGGACAUCUUUGAGACCAAGGAGAUUCAUAUGAGAUUUAAGUGUAAAUUGAAAAUAAAUUGGGAGAUUGGGAAAGGAGGUGAGGAGGGAGACGGGGAUAGCAGGAGCCAGACAGAGAAAAGGUGGGUCGAGAGUCUGAAACUAUGGGGGAAGCAUCUAGAGAAAAGACGGGUCGAGAUGCUAAAACGAUGUGGGAAGGAAGAAUCUAGAAAUGGAAUAAAAGACCAAAGACUAAAGCAGGGGCAAAAGCGGAAUUACACAGUAGAAUAAACAGUGUCCACAGAAACAUGGAAAGGGCAAAAAUGGAAGAACAUUGGAAAAUGAACAGUGUUUCAAGCGUUUUUCUCUUUUAGUAUAUAUAUAAUAUAAUUUGAGUUUUAGUAUAUAUUGAAUUUGCUCAUCAUGAGUCUAAAUAGAGUUUGGGGUUUGGGGUUUAGGGCCAAUUUUUAGAAUGCUUAAGUAGUAGUAAUCAAACUCAAAAGAUGCUCGAGUGCAUGAAUUUUUUAACAAUGCUCCACUUGAGGAUCAAGCAUUGUAAGUUAAUGCUGCCUUAUUGGAUGGAAGCAAUUAGUAUUAUAGAAAUUCUGUUUUCAUUGCACAAA